ACGAAACUCUAUAUCUCAGGCUAUUGUGAAAGCAAUGGAGCUCAUUCAGGGUCGUAGAUCGCGGAGUACGGUAAUGACGGGAAGUUAGAUCUGUGGGCCCACAUCCGGCCUUCGGCUCCACGCGCAUCUCCCGUAAUUGUAUAACGCAGACUGAGAGUGUAGCAUUAUAUGUGAGACUCUUCGUGGGGCAUGACAAUACAUCAUCCAGCACCUGUCACUUCCAUCUUGGUUGAGAUAGGAAGUACGUGUCAGGUUUUGUGAUUACCUAGAUUUCAUUCUCAACAUCACUCCAAUAUCACACGCAAACUUCACAGCAAUCCAAAAGACCUACAAUAUGGCACACAUUGGCGCACUUCCCAAGAUCCAUCGUUACAUCACUACUCAUGACGACAAGGGCAAAGCAGUCUUCAGCACCGCCUUCAAUGAGGAAAGCAAGAUGAAAGCCAACGAUGACGGCAUUGCGUUCGCUCUCAGCUUCACCACGAAAGGCUUCCCCGUCGAUAUGAACGGCGACAAGGAUCUCGAUGUCUACGGCAAUUAUCUCAAGGAUGCCCCGGGCCUCGUCGUCUCCGGUGGCACAGUCCUCCGCCAUGUCGAUAUUCCCCCAAGCACAGAAUGCACGAUGCACCGCACUGUGAGCUUGGACUACGGAUGUGUACUCGAGGGCGAGGUCGAAUGUCUGCUCGAUAGCGGGGAGAAGCGGUUGAUGAAGCGCGGGGACGUUUGUAUUCAGCGCGGUACUAUGCACCAAUGGAUCAACCACAGCAAGACUGAUUGGACGCGCAUGUUGUUCGUUUUGCAGGAGUCAAGUCCCCUAAAGCUUUCUGGUGAGGCGCUCGGCGAGGAGCUUGCGGGCAUGGCUGGUGUGCGUUCGUCGGAUUGAAAGUUGUGUAUCGGUGAAUUCUGGGAUGGUUCACUAUCGAUAGCAGCGACUGCCAAGCCAGCUAGUACUCAAUCUGAUUACUCCCCACGUGCUCCAUUCUUGCCCUUGACUGUAGCAUUUGCAACAAACGCAAAGGGCAGUUUU